CCCCUCCUUUUCCUCCAGCAGGCAAACAAACACCCAACCCACCCACCUCCAAGGACAGAACUGAGAUGGCUGCUGUUGGUGCGAUAUUCAGGUCCGGGUUGCGGGGAGCGAUGGCUUUACCUCAGCAGCAGCGGGCCUGGAGCUCCGGCUCCGAUCAGCUGGGUGAGCUCGGCAAAGGUGCUGGAAAAGGCGGGGGAGGCGGUGGAGCCAUCCGUGAAGCUGGCGGCGCGUUUGGAAAACGGGAAGCGGCUGCGGAGGAGCGCUACUUCAAGGAGAAAGAGAGAGAACAGUUGUCAAAUCUAAAGAAAUAUCAUGAAGAGGAAAUAAGUCACCAUAAGAAAGAAAUAGAGCGUCUGCAGAAAGAAAUUGAACGUCAUAAGUACAAGAUCAAGGAUCUUAAAGAUGAUGAUUAAGUUGCUGCAAUUAUUGAUGUGGUUCUGGUCCCUGUGAAUACUGAGGAUUUGGUUCUUAUCAUAGUGUGAAAUAAACAAUUCACUCUAUCUUCAUA